AUGCCUGGAUACACAAAAAUGAUGAAAGACUUGAUGUCUCGGAAGUUUGACUUCCAAGACUUGGCCACGGUGACACUUACUCAGACUUGCAGUGCAGCGGUAACUAGACCUGUUGCUGAAAAGCUCUCUGAUCCAGGGAGUUUUACUAUUCCAUGCACUAUUGGAAACUUUGCUUUUGCGAAAGCACUCUGUGAUUUAGGGGCCAACAUUAAUCUUAUGCCCCUGGUUAUUUACAAGAGGUUGGGCAUUUGGAGAGCUAGACCCAUCUCUAUGUUGUUGCAGCUAGCUGACAGGACUAUGAAGCGUCCAUUUGGGAUCCUUGAUGAUGUGCUUAUUCAGGAAGACCAUUCUUGGCCACAGGGAGAGAUCUGA